AUGGCAACAAUUAACGGUGAACCAGUCAUUGAAAAUAUCAGAGAACAUUUAAAUAAUAUUCCAGUUCCAGAAUCAAGAAAAGCAAUUUAUGAUUCUACCGAUUAUAGAUCUACACAAACCUACCUUCGUUUCUUUGGUAGUACUCAAAAAGGUGAAAUCAAAUAUGAAAAAUCACCACAAUUCCACAGAGUUCAUAGAGAAAAUGGUUUCGCUAUGAAUCCAGUUCAAAAAGCUAGUUUAUUUAGAAAAGGAAAAGUUGAUUGUGUUGGUCCACAUCAAGUUGUCCCAGUCGAAGGUGAAAAAUUAGAUAUCCCAAAAUACUAUUCAAAUCAAGAAAUUGAUUAUGUUACUUUCUUUGAAGAUGAAGAUAAAUUAAAACAAAAAAGACUUGAAAGACAUUAA